UUUGUUUUUAAUCUUUAGGCACUUUAGUCGUUGGUUGCUCGAAGUUAGCAAAGGUAAAGGGAUGGGCACCACAGUGCAGAGAACCUCAAAAGGCGGAAGGCAAUCGGUUUUUUUUAAUGAUUUAGCAUCACCAGUUUCCGCACAUAGAGGGAAAUUCAUGAGCCCAGGUCAGGCAGCUGCAGUGUCUGCUCUAUGGCGAGAGAAUUUUGGGGGUGCCGAUCCUCCACCGCCUCCUAUUUUCACCUUGGAAGACCGUGCUGAUUUCUCUCCGGAAUCCGGGAUUGUGGAUUAUCCGAUGUCUCCAGAAACAAAGUCGGAGAUGAGGACACCUGUUCGGGAUUCUCGCCGGGAUUCUCUUUCUCCCUUGAAAAGCAAGUCUGAGGCGAGCACUUCUUAUGCUGCAAUGGGGGCACAGCAAAUACAACAAACCCCUGCAAGCUCGAGCUGGUGGUCCCCCGGAAAGAGUGCGAGUGAUCAUGAUGAUAAAGGGAAGGGUUCACCAGUUGAGGGUGUGGUUCAGCCCGGUGCAUUAAUUCUGUUACCCCCACCAAGGGAAGUUGCCAGACCGGAGUUGCAGAGGAAUAACUUACCAGCCAGCGACCUUGACGAGGAGGAAUGGGUUACAGUUUAUGGAUUUUCCCCAGGUGAUACCAAUUUAGUGUUGCGGGAGUUUGAAAAAUGUGGUGUGAUAUUGAGACAUGUGCCGGGUCCAAGAGAGGCUAACUGGAUGCAUAUUCUUUAUGAGAAUCGUUCUGAUGCUCUGAAGGCUCUCAACAAGAAUGGGAUGCAAAUCAAUGGAGUGCUGAUUGUUGGCGUGAAGACCUUGGAUCCAAUCCAACGCCAGGCCCUGAAUGAAAGGUCCAACAACCAGGGGUUCAUGACUCUGCCCGCUCCAGCCAAUAGAAACUCCGAGCUUAUCCCGUCGAGAGUCUCUCCUCGCCCCUAUUUUGUUCAGAAUAAGGGUAAUUCUAGUACCCAACGUUCAGUUGGUACCAUUGCCGCUCCUGCCAAAUCUGUCAUGUCCAAAGUCAUGGAUUUGAUGUUUGGCAUCUGAGGUGAGUGGUUGCCAUCCAAUUGGCUUCUACUCUUAGAAAUUAUAAUCUUUUCUCUUAGCAUAUGUUGGAUUUUAUCCUUUUGCAUGAUAAGAAAAAAUGUAUUGCCCUUCCCUAGUGGCAGGUUUUCCACCCAUAUUUAGUUUCCAAUGAGCUUUGUUUUUUGUUUUUUUGGUGGGUUGGGAAGAAAUUUUUUGUUUCUCUAUAGCAUCAUCAUGACUUAAUGUAAGUUGUAGGUUCUCCUGAUUUUUAGUUUCAUUCUGGAUUUUU